GCGGGGCCUCUCAGCGUCAGCGCAAGAUGGCGGCCUCGGCGGCGCUGUUCUCGCGCUUGCGGAGCGGGCUCCGGGUAGGCGCGCGGGGACUGUGCACGCGGCUGGCGACGCCGCCUCCCCGCACCCCAGAGCAGGUUGCUGAGAUCGCCAGUCGUGGAGGCUCGAAGGCCCAGGGGCCACAGCAUCAGCCUGGCUCAGAAGGUCCCAGCUAUGCCAAAAAAGUUGCUCUCUGGCUUGCUGGUUUGCUUGGGGCCGGUGGAACUGUCAGCAUCGUCUAUAUUUUUGGAAACAACCCUGUGGAUGAAAAUGGUACCAAGAUUCCUGAUGAAUUCGACAAUGAUCCAAUUCUGGUUCAGCAGUUGCGCCGGACAUACAAAUAUUUCAAAGAUUACAGACAGAUGAUCAUUGAGCCCACCAGCCCCUGCCUUCUCCCAGACCCUCUACGGGAACCUUACUAUCAGCCACCCUAUACACUGGUCCUGGAGCUCACCGGGGUCCUCCUGCAUCCGGAGUGGUCGUUGGCCACCGGCUGGAGGUUUAAGAAGCGCCCAGGCAUCGAGACCUUGUUCCAACAGCUUGCCCCUCUGUAUGAAAUCGUCAUCUUCACGUCAGAGACUGGCAUGACUGCAUUUCCACUCAUUGAUAGUGUGGACCCCCACGGCUUCAUCUCCUACCGUCUGUUCCGGGACGCCACCAGAUACAUGGAAGGACACCAUGUGAAGGACAUCUCCUGUCUGAAUCGCGACCCAGCCCGAGUAGUAGUCGUGGACUGCAAGAAAGAGGCCUUCCGGCUACAACCCUUCAAUGGUGUUGCCCUGCGGCCCUGGGAUGGCAACUCUGAUGACCGGGUCCUGCUGGACCUAUCUGCCUUCCUCAAGACCAUUGCACUGAACCAAGUGGAGGAUGUCCGGACUGUACUGGAGCACUAUGCCCUAGAGGAUGAUCCACUGGAGGCAUUCAAACAACGGCAGAGCCGGCUCGAGCAGGAGGAGCAGCAGCGCCUGGCCGAGCUCUCCAAAUCCAACAAGCAGAGCCUCUUCUUCGGCUCACUCACCAGCCGCCUGUGGCCUCGUUCCAAGCAGCCCUGACUGCUAGACCUCCUCAGACUCAGUGUCUGGGCCUCAGGCCCCAGUCCUCACAGAGCAAGGCUUGGACAGCCACGUGUCCAAUAAAGUGCAUCCCAGACGCCACAA